CGGAAGGCUGGGCAAACGGCGUGGCAGGGGCUCUUUAAAUUUUAGCUCGGCGCUCUCGCCGCCUUCUACCCUCCGAGUGGCGUCACGCGGGAGAGAGCGGGCGCGCGCAAACCCGAAAUCCGAGCGGUUGGCGCGGGGGGGGGGACGUGCGGGAGCUUGGCGAGCGCACCUGCUGACGACGAACGACCGCGUCGACAUGCGGCGACCCCGCGCGGACUCUCUCUCUCUCUCUCCGUUCCAACGACCGUCUCCUACGCCAGAAAACGCCCGAGCGUCGGCACGGGUCGUCGCGCCACGUCGUGUCGUGCCGCCGAGUGACUUGCCGAUAGCCGGCCGGACGGACCGGAGCGCCUGUCUCGGCAGAACCUGGAUUUUCACGUGUAGGAGGCGAAGGCGCUCGCUCACUCGCUCGCUCGGAGACAGAGCGGGGAGGGAGGGCGGAUCGGCCAGCCAGCCGGACGGACAGAUCGCUUGAAGGGUCUGGGAGGCGCGAUGGAGUUCCCUGGAUCGGCGGGGAGGAGGGAGGAGAGGGGGCCGCAGACCCCCGCAGGAGAGCCGGGAGCCCACGUUAGCAGCAUGGCCCUGGCGAGGAUUAACAAGUUCCCUUGCUCCGCCGGUGCCGGCCCGGUCUCCUUGACCCCGUCGUUCGGGCCCAGCGGGCCCUUGGCCCUGCAGCUCUUCCUCGUGCAGGCCCAGCUCGCGGCCCAGCGCACGCUCCAGGCCUCCGUGUUCCCCGCGGCCGCCGUGCCGGGUGCCGCUCCCGCCCUCCUGGCCGUCAUCAACCAGUUGCUGUUCACGGCUAUCGGCAUGUCAGGCCACCCCGCGCGGCCCACCGCCGCCCCGUUCUGCGGCCUCUUCCAGCAGGGCCCCGACGGCCCACGCAGCCCGCACGUGGCCCACACGGGAGGCCCCGGGUUCCCGUUCGUGGGCAACGAAGCGGCCACGGCGACGCCGCAGUUCCCGCGCGACGCCGGCAGCCGCUCGGCGCUGGCUGGCGGUGGUGGUGGUGGCGGCGGCGGUGGUGGCAGCGCGCCCGGCACAUGGAACUCCCAGCACCACGCUCAAAGCCACUUCCGCCCGGCGGGGAACUCAGCGGUGCUGCCCGCAUCCUCCGCGGCGGCAGCCGGCGGGAGAAUGACGACGACGACGACGAUGAUGAUGUCGCUAAAUUCGUCUUCGUCUGGGCGCAGCUCCAGGCAGCAGCAAAACCUGCCGCAUUUCAGCAGGGAGCCGAUCUCGCAAGGAUCAAAGUUGCAACCGACGCCACCAUCGCACAACGGGCAGCAGCAGCAGCAUCAGGGCCCGACCUGGGCCAGGUCUGGCCAGCGGCAGGGCAUGUCGGAGGAGCGCGCAUCCAACAUCCUGGCCACCUUCGGCCUCUCGUCAGAGGACCUUGGGCACCUGGCGGCCUACCCUGACGAGGAGCUCACGCCGCACAACCUGCCCCGGAUCCUGCAGGAAAUCCAAUCGCGCAAGCGAGACAACGGGUUCGCCACCACCACCAUCGCCAACCACAACGACGAACGUACGAGGAGGAUCGGCGAGGGUCGGAGCGGAUCGCUGGUGCCGUACCGCGUGGACGUCCCCGACGGAGACGGACUCGGCCACGUCCUGUACGCAGGCACCUCGUCGUUCUCCUGCAAGGAGCUGCUGGAGGUGUACAACCCGGAGGAGCCCACGAGCGACGGCUACGAGGAUGCCCGCGAGUGGGCCCUGCCCGGCUCCUGCGAGUUCGCGCCGCCGAGCGAAACCGACUCGGUCAAGAGCUGCGGCUCGGGCUCCGGCUCCGCCACGGGUUCCGGCUCGGGCUGCGCGAGCCGCAUGGGCCGCAGCGACGCGGUGCGGCCCCCGGCAGGGGCGAGGGGGCCCGCGGCGCUCGGCUGGGAGAGGCUGGGCCGCACGGAGCCCACCGCGGAGGAGGCGGAGGACUUCCUGGGCCUCCCGGCCGCCGCCUUCCCCCGCACGUGUGCCGUCUGCGGCGUGCGGCUGCUGUGCGACAAGGGUUGGCGGCAGCACAUCACUGGCAAGAAGCACAAGAGCAAGUGCCGUGUGUUCGCCUUGCGAUUCCCUACCUGGAGGCCGGCAGCAGACAGCUUGCACAGGUCCCCGCCGCAGUUUGGGUUGCCAGGCAACGGUCCCAGCCCGUCUGUUGACGGGCCCAGCGGCGCCUCACCGGCGUUUGGUGGCUUUGCCGCGCUCCCCAGCCUCCCCCCCGGCGCUCCCCCCACACCGGCACAGCAGGACGGGGCCGGCCGGCCGGACAGCGCUGGCCGCGUGGUUCACUUCCACAACCUUCCGCCCGUGGCCUUCACCGAGGCCGACAUCAUCCGGCUGGGCCUGCCCUUCGGCAAGGUCACCAACUACAUUCUCAUGAGGUCCAAAAACCAGGCUUUCCUGGAGAUGGCGAGGCCCGAGGCGGCGCGGGCGCUGGUGAGGACGUACGCGGCGCAACCACCACUCCUGCAGGAGCAGCCCGUCGCCGUGCAGAUGUCCAGCUCUUACCAGCGCCUCGUGCUCAAGAAACCGGGACGCCCUGUGGACGAGGUGCUGAUGGAGGAGACGGGGCACUCGGCCAGAGCUCGCGCCGGCACCGCCCAGAGCCGUGUGCGGUCGCGCAGCCCCCUGUCCCGCGACCGUGAGUCUCCCACUGCCAACGCGGUGCGCUCGUUCAGCCCGGUGCCAUGGAAACGGAGCCGGUCGCCCUGGCGCCGUGAGAGCCUCUCCAGCUCGUCUCCUGGACCCUCCACCCCCUCUCCUCGCCGCCAACCCCAGAGUCCACUGGAGAAUCCCUCGCAGGGCAGGACCAGGCCGACGAGCCCGCGCGAGCACGAGGCCACGAUGGAUGACGGCGAGACGAUGAUGAGGGAGAGCGAGACGACGACGACGAGGGAGAACGGGGCGAGGCUGAGCCCUGCGCCGAACGAGCUGGAGGAUCUCGCACAAGGAGCGUGGCGACGCGACCCCACCGAGCGGCGGGGGGAUGGAGCGGGCGAGACGCGGGGGGGCGCGAGCACGGGCGGCGGCGCCGGCGGCGGCGCGACAGAGGAGCCGAGCAGGCUCCACGCGCUCCGUGAUCGCGAUGAGGAGCAGGACUUCUUCCUGGGCGACGUCGGGUUCGUCACCGUGGAUGAGGUUGGAGCCGAAGAGGAGAUGGGGGAGGAGGAGAAGGGCUCCGUUCACCUCGUCGUCGGCGAGGGAUCGGGCGGCGGGGAGGAGGCGGCGGCCGACGAGGUCGCCGCCGCUGCCGCCACGGCGUCUGUGGCGGCGAGGCUCGUGGAUGAGCGGGCACCCCCGGGCGGUGGCGAUCGACCGUCGGGUGACGAGGUCGCAAAUCUCCCGGACGUCGCCCCCCACGGAGGCGACGCGGCGGACACGGAGGAGACGGCGCCGGCGCCGGUCCCGGCCGCCAACGGGGAUGGCCGCUCGGAGGAGACGGCCGACGCGGACGCGGAAGCCCCGGCCCUCCCCCGAGAGCCUCGCGGCACGCGGGACGAACCCGCGUCCUUCCCGCGAAGCCGCAGCUCGGAAUCCGACGGCGACGUACGGGACGCCGAGGGACCACGGCCCAGGGUGAUGAUGGAGGGGGACGAGGGGGCAGGCAGCGGUGACGACCGUCGCGACGGGUUGCCCGGAGUCGUGAAGCCCGCGGGCCAACCCCUCGCUCCAGAAAUCCUCAGCGACCUGAAAAGAUGCACGGAGUCCCCUGCGUGCGUCUCCGUGUCGGCGGCCGGCGAGGAAUCGCUCAGUCCUCCUAUCGGCGUGAACUUCGUGGUGCCGCGCACGGGGUUCUACUGCCUCCUGUGCCGCCUGUUCUACGUGUGCGAGAGUUCGGCGCGGGAGGGCCACUGCCGGAGUCCCACGCACUACCGCAACGUGGAGAGGUACCUGAUCCAGAGGCUGAGGGAGCUGGGGGAGAGCGGGCUGGGGGAGGCGAUGGGAGCGGAGUGUGGCGAGCACGUCGCCGAGGGACAUCGGACACAGCUGUGAGAAGCACCACACGCUCGCUCCCCUCCACAGCCGGGUGGUGCAUCCUGAGGUCGUGACCCCAGGUGGACAUCACACGCUGCUGACGAGGCUUCCAGAAAUCCCGUGCGCUCCCCAGCAGCUCGAUGUUGAAUCCUUUGGCUUUAUUUCACUCGAUCUCCGACGGCCUACGUGUGACCAAAUCAACCCCGGAUUGCGCCCGAUUUCAUCAGAGCUUGGAAUCUAAGCAGGAUUUUGGAGCCUGGACAGUGCUCGGAUGGGCGACCACCAUGCAUAUCACGGAUGGUGUAGGUUUUGUCAGCAGAGGGCAGUGUAGAAAAAUCCGUUGUACUCAACUCUGCUUCCCCCACUUCCAAACCCACACUGACCAGCGUGGUGAAAUAAGGUCAAUAACCCCCACGAUGAAUGUGGCAUGGCGAGUCCCUCAUCCAGCAGUGGAUUGGCCAAACCGUACAUGUUGAACCUUUUACCUGUUGUACUUUUUGACAGAAGGAAAACAAGUCUAAAUGGUUGUUACAGGUUUUUUUUGUUCAUUUAGUUUAUUGUUGUGAAUUGAGUUGAUAUUUGGCGUAAGAAAGGCAAUUAUUUAUUUAUUUGUAUUUAUGGGUCGAUAUUUGUAAAUGGGGUAUUGAGACGCCAACAAAGCCGCUCUUAGGUCUUCUCAGGUACGUUGCCAUCAUCAUCGCAUAUGGAGCCGACUUGAAUUUGUCGCAGAUUCGUCCGUUGUGACACACGCAAAACAGAAACGGUACGCUUGGGAACAGGUGAAUUCCGAGUCGAAUAGAAUCAUUACAUGCGCCGCUAUCGUUACAGGGGGGGGGGGGGGGCAGCAUCGCAAUCGCCGACGGGUUCUCACGGGCAACAUUUUCCCUUUGACAAAAACCCGACACCAACAAACUUUUUUACCCAAUCCGCCAAUACGUUUUUAGGCUGAAAUAACAAAUCUGUUUACCCACUGUGAAGACACGCCCGAUACCAAAGAACAUCAGAGCGGCCACGUGGGCGCAUCUUUUAUUCAUCGCAUCGAGCACCAUCUCGAGUGCUUUUCAUAAACGAGCGUUGUGCACAUCAAGUUAUUUAUACACUUGCACAUUAGUUUAUUUGUCUGUGCAACUUCAGACUCGCACUUCCGCAAUGCCACACGAAUACCCCAGAGUGGAAUGUGUAAUCACACUGCAUGCCGGCCUGGCAAAGGAGGCUCUUGCAGCUAUUGGGAGGUACAGUAAUGUGGCAACAACGUUAACGCUCAUUUCGUCUCCUUGCUCGGGUGUUUGCUGCAGUCCUUUUUCAUGUUUUGUUUUAUAAUUUUAUGGGAAAAUAUUGAACUCUCAACAUUGCUGUGAAAAGGUAAAUAUCUGUAAAAUAAAAUA